GAUGGUGUGGAUCACGUGAUCGCGAAAUGAAGAGCAUUGGGCACCUGAGGUAGUCACUCAAUCCAAUUGCAACAAAUGUUUGUGAUAUCCAACGUGAAGUGCUUGCUGUAAGUGUCGCUUUUCGCAGGACAUUGAUGCUCUGCAGCCUGCAGGCAACGGAUGGGCGUAGGUGCCUAAAUUAGUGCAGGGCCUAAUUCUGUCGCUACAAUAUUUCCCAGCCGCCAAGCCUCGCGCAGCUUCAACUCUUUUUGAGCUCCAGCCUUGCUGUGCCUGACCUCAUCGGAAACCAUCUCCUUCGUGAUCAAAACUACUCGCCUGUCUUUAUCGAUCUUUCUCGAGUCGCCCACUAGCCGACGUCAGUCGAGUCACCCCCGGGCGCCUUUGCGUCUACAACCACCGAACCAUCUCGAGACCGAUUACAAAACGACGACAAUGUCGGGCCUCUUUGGCGGCGGAUCCACCACAUCGGCUGCGGCCAGCAACCAGACGCAGGGCGAUCUCAAGAGCGAUGUGCCUCUCAGCAACCCGCCGACCGACUCUAUAUCCGACCUCGCCUUCAACCCGGGGCAGAACCAGUCCGACUUUCUCGCCGUGGCCUCGUGGGACAACAAGGUGCGAAUCUACGAGAUCAACGGCCAGGGACAGUCAGAAGGACGGUAUCAGUAUGAACACUCGCAGCCCGUGCUCAACGUCGACUUUUCACGCGAUGGCACCAAGAUUGUGAGCGCGGGCGCGGACAAGAGCGUCAAGGUCUGCGACCUCGCGUCCCAGCAGGAGAUUGUGGCGGGGACGCACGACCAGCCCGUCCGCACGGCGCGCUUCUUCGAGGCGGGCGGCAACCCCAUGGUCGUGUCCGGGUCGUGGGACAAGACGGUCAAGUACUGGGACAUGCGGCAGCAGGGGCCUGCGGCGACGGUGCAGUGCCAGGACCGGGUGUACGCCAUGGACGUCAAGGGAGACCUGUGCGUGGUCGGCACGGCCGACCGCUACAUCAACGUCAUCGACCUCAAAAACCCGCAGAAGAUUUACAAGUCGAUACAGAGCCCGCUCAAGUGGCAGACGCGGGUGGUGAGCUGCUUCACCGACUCGGCGGGCUAUGCUAUUGGCAGCAUCGAGGGUCGGUGCGCGAUUCAGUACGUCGAGGACAAGGACGCCAGCUCCAACUUCUCGUUCAAGUGCCACAGAGACCCCGCCGUGAACAACACCGUCAACGUCCACGCCGUCAACGACAUCUCCUUCCACCCCGUGCACGGCACCUUCAGCACCGCCGGUUCCGACGGCACCUUCCACUUCUGGGACAAGGAUGCCAAGCACAGGCUCAAGGGGUAUCCGAACGUGGGCGGAUCCAUCACGGCCACGGCGUUCAACAAGACUGGUUCCAUUUUUGCCUACGCCAUUAGUUAUGACUGGAGCAAGGGGUACCAGAACAACACGUCGAGCUAUCCUACGAAGGUCAUGCUGCACCCGAUACAGGGAGACGAGUGCAAGCCAAGGCCAUCCAUGAAGAAACGGUAGAGAGGCCCAGCUGAGCAAGGAGAGGGAGGACGAUGUGGACUCGACGGCAGGGAAGGGAACAACAGGCUGAACGACGAGAUAUGCCACAGGAUGGAGCAGCGCGGCAAGGUUCGGUACAUUACGAAUAGCAAAAUGCGCCGGUCACUGGUGUGGAGAAUUGAGUGCGUAGUGGUGGGCACGGUCUCGCCGUCCCAAGAUAAGGCAA